AUGAGACAAGUAAUACUGGAAGAAGUUGAGUUUGAUGAAGACAGCGGGAUGGAAGAAUCCGAAGAAGACAAUGAACUAGGGCAGUCUGAUCAAGACAACGCGAUGGAAGAGUACAACCCCGACGGGUUCGUAGACAACGGGGACAUGGCCAGUGACGAUAACAUCGAUGUUUACAGGGAAACAGAACGUGAUGAACAGCUCUGGACAGAAGACCUCUCUGGAUGUGACGAGGAUAUUGAAAGCCGCGGAGAGGAGUCAGGAUGCCUGUUUCUUCUACCUCGACCAGGAAACGGUUAG